AAUCGACGUAGAAAGAGAAAUGAGCAUCAGUUACAAAAUGCUGAGAAGAAAGCCAACCAAAAUCGAAGUCAAGAUCGAAGACAAAGAAGAACUCGAGGAGGCUCGCCGCCGCAACGCCUCCACCACUGCCACCACCACCACCGCCCCCGCUGGCACCGCUGCUCUCCUCCGUCAGCUGGAUCGCGGCGGCGAAGAUCCCUCUUCCAAGGCCCAUCGCAUCGGCCUCUCCUCGUAAAACCCUAACCGCACUCUCCCUCCUCUCUUCCCCAAUGGAGGUCGAAGUCAAGCUGCGUCUCGCCGACGCCAACGCCCACCGCCACGUCACCACUCUACUCUCCCCCUUUCACGUCAUCACCCACCGCCAGCAGAACCUCUUCUUCGACGGCGCCGCCUCCGAGCUCUCCGCGCGCCGCGCCGUCCUCCGCCUCCGCUUCUACGGCGACGACGAGCGCUGCGUCGCUUCGCUGAAGGCGCGGGCGGUGCUGGUGGACGGCGUGAGCCGCGUGGAGGAGGACGAGGAGGAUCUGGACCCAAGCAUCGGGCGCGAAUGCGUGGCGGAGCCGGCGAAGUUGGGGUCGGUGGAGUCUAGGGUUUUGAAGAGGGUGCAAGAGGAAUUUGGAACUGAAAAAGGAUUGGUGGGGUUGGGAGGGUUUGGGAAUUUGAGGAGUGUGUAUGAUUGGAAGGGUUUGAAAUUGGAGGUGGAUGAAACCAGUUUUGAUUUUGGAACACUCUAUGAGAUCGAAUGCGAGAGUUCUGAUCCUGAAAGAGCUAAACGCCUCCUUGAGGAGUUCUUGAAGGAGAAUGAAAUCAAUUAUUCUUACUCCACUGCCUCCAAAUUCGCCAUCUUUCGAUCUGGGAAACUGCCUUAGUGAGUCAAAUUUCUGCCUUAGGAGAAUAAAGAUAAACUUAUGUCAUGAACCUAGUUGAUUGCUGUUAUUCAUAAUGUUGUGUCUAUUUCAUUUGUUUAUGUAUGUUUGAUUUGUUGUUUCUAUCAAUAGACUGGCCUUUCAAAGAUAUUAAACUCUCGGGUAACUAUUUUAUAUCAAUAGUCUCAUUUUUUUGACGAGUUAA